UACAAGAUGCAAAUUAUGUAGAAUUCUAGUUCAAACAUGACCUAUUAAAGUAUAUACACAAUGAAAUGCAAUUUGAUUGGUAUUAAUGCAUGCUUUUCUUCAAUAAACUUGUUAGAGCCUAGAGGUUGGAGCCACUACAUGGGAAAAUAAGGAAUUGUUAUUUGGUAAUAAACAAAAAGUGUAUACUCGUAUAAACAAUGGAUUAAAAGAGUAAUAUUUUAAAAGAAAGAGGAUAGCGAAAAAUUAGAAUUGAUAAAAGUAGGAAGUAUAAUGGUAGACUAGGAAGGUAGAAUGAAGCACAUUUUAUUACUAUUUAUGUACUGUGAAUGAAAAUAAUAUGAAUAUAUAUGUCUGUCUUUGAUAGUAUAUAAAGUGGGAAAACUUGAUGCUUCCUUUGCUGUUUGUGCAAGUACCAGUUGGUGAAUUUGCUCCUUUUUCUUGUAUAACUUAAGCAAGCAUAUGAUGCUGUUGACAGCAAUCAUAAGCCCAGUAUAAAAUGUACUGCCCCUCUAACUCUGCCCACAUCCUGUUUGUUUAUAUGUCAAAGUGGAAUUUCCUGCUUUUCCCUACUCAAUUUUAGCUGCAACAUUUCAGAAUAUCACAAAAGGGUCCUUGCAAUUUAGCUUUUCUUGGAUUCUUGUGGGGUUCUUCACUUCUUCUGGGUCAAAUCUUCAACCCUAUAUCACCACAUUCUUUACUUACAUUAAUUCAGGCUUAAGCAUUUCUGCAGAUUCAAUUUAUUUGUUUUUGUAAAUUCUUGUAAGCAAAAAAGAGGGGAAAGGGAAUCUGCUUUUUACCCAAUAGUUUGUGAGCUGUUACUUAGCCAAUGCCCACUGUCUUUCUUUAACCUCUGAAAGAUUCAUUCUUUUUCAGCUUAUAGUAGUUCUUGAUCUCGAAAGAGGAGUGAGAGAGAGAUGGGGAAGUGCUGAUGUUCUGCCUGCUACAUUUGAUUUCAACUUUUUUUCCUUUCUGUAGAUUGGAUGCUGCAAUUAGGUAUUGCUUUUGCUUUCUUUAACUUAACUCUCAGUGCUGUAAAGCUGCAAAGCUCAUUUGUGCCUUGUUGAGUCCUGCAAGAUAUUACCACCCAUUCUUGGUUAAACCCUAUUUCAUCUCAAUUGAAACUGCAACUCUUGAAUUUGGGGUGUUCCAAAUUCUGGGCUUCUCUCUUAUUUAUUGUUUGAUUGAUAAUGGGUUCUGAGGGAAGUGGUGGUAGAGUGUUCCAACACAGAGGUGGUGGUGGUGGUAGGGCUCUGAAUUCAGGUAUGGGGGGCACAAAUUCAGUUUCUGACAAAGUUUCAGGAGUGACAAUGUGCUCAGAAUCCAUGUUCUAUGGCUCUAAUUGGGAUCCAAUUAUGUCAUUGAGUCAAAGUGGGAAUUUUGGGAAUUCUAACAUCGUUUCUCAGAGUGAGUUUGCUAAUCCACUCAUGUUGGAGAAUCAGACAAUGGGUAGCAGCUCUUUGCCUCAGUUCCCCUCUGAUUCUGGUCUUGUUGAUUUGGUGCCAAGAAUCCCCAGCUUUGGGAGUGGCAGCUUCUCUGAGAUGGUCACUUCCUUCGGCCACAACUCCGAGUCGCCUAGUCUUAAGAAGGGAGUUUCGCAAGAUCAUUGCCUGAAUUCGGAUAAUGGGAUAUUGGGAGCUUCACCUUAUGGGAAGAGGAAGAGAGAGGUGCAGCAAGGAGCUUCACCAAAGAGUGCUGAAGAAGAACAGCACAAGGAUCCCUCUGGGGAUACAUCUAGAGAAGAUGAUGAUAAGAAACAGAAAUUCGAGAAAGGUAUUGCUCGCGGCAAGCAAGCUGCGAAGCAAGCCAAGGAUGAUCAGAGUGGUGCAGAGCCAUCUAAAGAUGAUUACAUUCAUGUGAGAGCCAAAAGGGGCCAGGCAACAAACAGUCACAGCCUUGCAGAAAGGGUGAGAAGAGAGAGAAUUAGUGAGAGGAUGAGAUUGCUUCAGGAACUGGUUCCUGGCUGCAAUAAG